GAAGAUGAUUGAGGCGGAGGAGGAGGGGACAAUGUGUUUGACAUGGCACAAGUUAAUUGAUUGAAGUGAAGACAUCUAAAGAUUGAGUUAGAGAAGAGUCCUAAUCACUUUCACAUUCGACAAACAAAUUCCGAUCUCGUUAGAAGUGUGUUGUAGCAAAUAAAGUCCCCCAUCCUUUUGUUGAAUCCUGUUUUGUUCAUAUAGAUAUAGAUGAGGAGAUGGGCAAAGCUUCAGUGAUUAUCUACAUCACAAUUGCUGUGCUCCUUCUACUCCUCAUCUCUCAGUCUCCUUCUAACAAAGCUAAGCGUCAUGGUCAUCGGCGACUCAAGCUGCGAUCCAACUUCACUUUUGACUCACAUCGUACCCACCAUGAACGCAUUCCCUUUGACCCUUUAGUUGCUAAAAUCGAGCGCCAACGUGAGGAUAAAGAAUGGGAGAAGCAGUACAUUGACACACACCAUCCCGAAUUAAUACAUGAACAUGCUCCUGGUGAAGAAUCCCAACCUGAAUGGGAAGACUUUAUGGAUGCUGAAGAUUAUAUCAAUGAUGAAGACAAGUUCAAUGUUACUGAGAGGCUUGUAUUAUUGUUCCCAAAGAUUGAUGUCGACCCAUCUGAUGGUUUCGUGACUGAGCAGGAGUUGACUGAGUGGAAUCUGGGGCAGAGCAGAAAGGAGGUCUUGCAUAGGACUCACAGAGAUAUGGAAGUUCAUGACAAGAAUCAUGAUGGCUUUGUGUCGUUCGCUGAGUAUGAGCCCCCCAGUUGGGUUCGCAGUUCAGAUAAUACUUCUUUUGGAUAUGAUAUGGGCUGGUGGAAAGAAGAUCAUUUUAAUGCAUCAGAUAUAGAUGGAAAUGGGCUUCUAAACAUUACUGAGUUCAAUGACUUUCUACAUCCUGCCGACACCAGCAACCCCAAACUACUCCACUGGCUGUGCAAGGAGGAAAUAAGGGAGAGAGAUAGUGACAAAGAUGGUAAAGUAAAUUUCAAAGAGUUCUUUCACGGGUUGUUUGACUUAGUAAGGAAUUAUGACGAGGAGAGUCAUGAUACUUCUCAUCAUUCUGAGGAUUCACAAGAGUCUCCGGCUAGAAAGUUGUUUGCUGAGCUUGAUAAAGAUGGGGAUGGAUAUUUGUCAGACGGUGAAUUACUACCUAUAAUUGGAAAGCUUCAUCCAUCAGAGCGUUACUAUGCCAAACAACAAGCAGAUUACAUCAUACAGCAGGCUGAUGCAGAUAAAGACGGAAGGCUUAUUCUGAAAGAGAUGAUUGAUAGCCCGUAUGUGUUCUAUAGUGCAAUAUUCAAUGAGGAUGAUGAAGACUAUGGAGACCAUGAUGAGUUACGUUAGUUCAGGGAUGCUAACACGUCUCUCCUGCCCUCAAUUACUCGUGUAUGAUAAUUUUCAGUUAGGUAUGUUUGAAAUUUUUAAGCUGAUCUCACCAAAAGAUACAUGUGGUGUGACAUCAAAUUUUUAUUUAUCAGAUAGUUUUCUUUGUAAUCACCUUGAGCAACCAGUAUCGACGAUACUAUGCUAGUGCAUUUGCAUAUUCGGGAUCUACCAUUUUUUUGUAAAGGAAUUUCAGUGGGACAAACUUGACAAGCAUAAAAUUAAUUUUCCAACCAA